AUGGGGACCUCACUGGUUGUAUACAUGAGUUUUAUCCUUCUAAUUCUUGCUGUGAUAAAGGCCAGAGGCAACCCAAUGUAUGGUUCCGUCUUAUCCUCAGAUCUAACUGAUUUAAAGAGUCUCCUGGAGCGCUUGGAAGAUAGACUUCCAGCUGAAGAACCAGUUGCUCCACUGCAAGAUCCAUUUGCCCAGAACUAUGACACUUCAGACUCAUCUAACCCAGCUUCAUCAUGGACUGGAGAUUCCUCAAGGCCACAAACAGAAAUGGUCUACAACAGAGGACCAUGGGCUCAACCUGACAAGAUAUCCCCACUGAAAAAUAAGUUAAGAGAGCUUCUGAAUGCACCAAGGAGCAUGAGAAGAUCUUCAGACUGCUUUGGAGGUCGAAUCGACAGAAUAGGUGCCCAGAGUGGAAUGGGAUGCAACAGGGUAAGAUAA